GGCCAGAGCUUCCAACUACGAGAGUCACGUUAACGUUUGACCUCACUUGUAUGGGCACACAAAGUGACAGGGCAAAGUAUUGCAGAGUAAUUACAUGUGUGCGUGGUGACUGUGUCUUAUCUCCGUAGAGAUAAAUAAUCCCAAACUGGUCUAUAAAAGGGCAUCAUCUUGGGCUUUCCAAGUGCAUGUGCAGCGGCAGCCAGGUACAGAAUCAUGUCUGAUCAUAAUCGCCGUGCAGCAGAAGCACCAAAACUAUUCGGUUUCCCACUGACAGAACAGGAAGAAUCUGGAGAAAGGAGAGAUCAUGAAGUGGAAGAUGACAGGAAAUUCAGGUGCCAUUAUUGCCGGAAAGCAUUCACAAACUCUCAGGCAUUAGGAGGUCACCAGAACGCUCACAAGAGAGAGCGGCAGCGAGCCAGGCGUUUCCACGGCCACUCCGAUCACCGGCGCUUCUUCACACCCUCCAAGCAUCAACCUCCACGCCUGUUCUUCCCAUCCACUCCCAUUUUGAUUCCUUCGCCUUAUACCACUUCUUCCACCACUAGGUUUCCUUUUCAACUCCAAUCAUCGCCUUCUCAUCAUGUUGCUACGCUGCCACAGAGGGAUGUGGGUGUUAAUGUUGACGUCCAUCUGAAGUUGUCUCUCUCGGAUUAGCAAUUCCUCCUCGUUUUCAUUCUGAAUGCGCAAUUCUGUUUUCCAGCAGUAAGAUACACUGCCAAUGUAUGCCGCAUCUCUAUCUUUAUAUAACCGUUUAGUUUCAAGGAUUA